GCGAUCGUUUCACCGUGGACAUGCUCCAGGAUAUCUUGCAAGACGUCCCCGAUCGCGAGGGGCUGCUGAGCUGCGAGGACUUGGCGCGCCGCCUCCGCCGCCCGGAUCCAGCUCCGGAGCCGCAAGAGUCCAAGCGCUACGACCUGGCUCAGAAGCAGGGGCUUGCGGACUUCCUGAAAGUGCGAGCCGACUUCAUUCUGAAGCUGCACCGGGAAGGACAGCGUCUCCCGCGGCGCCAGGAAGCGGAGUCCGCCUACGUGGACUGCCGCACGGCACUUGUGACACACGAGGAGGUGCAAGUCUGGGCCGACGGCAAGGCGCCUGACGGCACCCAGAUCGUUUCGCUGUCCCACUGCUGGGAGUCGAGGGAGCACUGUGACCCCUACGGCUACCAGCUUUCCAAGCUAGCCGAGGUUGGUGUGCCGCUGAGAGGGAGUGGUCCAGUACAAGGGCAGCCACCAACCUUUCGCGCGAAGUAG